UUCCGACCGACUCCCAUGCCACGUACCGUAUGCUAAAACGCCUCGCAAUUGCUGGUCGCCCCCUGACCAAAGCCGUCUAACAGAAACCAACAAGAACCCAGCUGCCACAUAAUUGUGCCAAUGUCACUGGUGCCAGGUGCCAGUCACCAGUUGUCAAGCAACAGCUGAGGGCUGCGCGCUACCAGCUGCCAACAGCCGUCCUCCCACUUCGAAACACCACAAAUAUGUUGAUGCCCAUGCCGGACAUCAACUCUCACCCCGCGAAUCCGUGACGGUGUGACUACAGGAAAACAAAAAUGGCCCUUCUUCUCACGCCCAAGGACCGGUACCCUUUCGAAGCCAAGGCACCGCAGGCAUGCGGCAGCUGCAAGAAAAUGAAGAGGAAAUGCGACAAGGCCCUCCCUGCAUGCGGCCUCUGCUCUCGUAUGGACCGCCGGUGCGACUACGCCGAGCCGCUGCCGCCGGAGCCGCAUCCCGCGCCGACCGCCCACGACUUCGCCGCGUUGCAGCUGAAGCUUCUCGAUCUCGAGAGCCGGUUGAACCAAGGGGGCACCGACCCCGGCCCCUCGUCUGGCGUGUCUGCGGCGCUCGGCCCCUCUCACAGCCACGUACUUGAUCCCGGGUCCGGCUCAUCGUUGAGGUCUGGCAGCCGUGACAGCAGCAUGGAAGACACGCCGCCCUCCACGUCGGCCUACACCUCUGUCGAACCACUCUGGGAACAGGCCCCUGUCGCGCAGUUCCCGCCCGAUGUGUUCCUGGACAUUCACACAUUUGAGUGGUUGAACCAAGCCCUCCCAAGACCCGUGAUUGAUAUACCCGCCGAGGUCUUGGAGCUGAUCGGCGACGGCGCUGCGGUCCAGCACACCGUCAAUGCCUACUUUGCCACAACCCACACCUGGCUCCCCAUCAUCUCCAAGAAGCGCAUGCAAAUGGGCGUCACCCUGGCCCAGGGGGGUCCGGAUCUGGCCAUGCUGUUCCUCGCCAUGCAGCUCGCGACUGCCCGCCCGGAGCCCGGCGUCGCUCCGGCCCACCUCGCCGUCUACCGCGCCGCGAAGCGCUUCCUAUCACUGCUGGAGAACGGCGGCGCUACUUCCCUCAUGGUACUGCAGUCCAUGGUGCUGAUCGCAUAUUUUGAGUACGCCCACGGGGUCUACCCGGCCGCCUGGAUCACUAUCGCGUCCUGCGUGCGCUACGCUGACUUUCUCGGGCUGCCGGGGUUCCACAAGGGGAACAUAUUGCUGAAGGCGCCGACAACGAUGACGGAGCUGGAGGAGCGGUCGAGGACGUGGUGGGCGAUCCUCGUCCUUGACCGCAUCAUCUGCCUUGGCAACCAGAAGCGUUACCUCUCGCCGGAGCCUCAUGACACCGAAGCCUUUCCCAUAGACGACGAGGACUGGGAUGAAGGACGCGUCGGCCGCGCAGUCCAACACACAAUCGCAUCACCGCCCUCCCCGUCCCAAUCCCCCUUCUCUUCCCUUUGCCGCUCCGCGCUCUUGGCCGGCGACGUUGUAACCCACGCCCGCAAAAAGAAGACCACCGCGGAGUCCGCCAUAGCCGCCGUCGCCGAGGCAGUCUCCCUCACCGCGGCGCUGUCCGCAAUGACGGAGCAGCUGCCCGGGGGGCUCUCCUUCCUCGCGCCGCGCUGCGUGCUGUUCUCCGCCGCAGUCCUGCUGCACGACUUCCACUGCUGCUCCGUGAAUCUCGAUGGGCGCUUGCGCACACCUGAGGAGACGGAGCAGCAGGUCCGCUCCAUGGAGGCGUUGGUCCGCAUCACCAAGGACGUGGCGGCGCUGGCUGACGAGCUGUUGCUCUUCAUCCUGUCCACAGAGAGUGACGAGAGCCAUGGCAAUGGCUACAACGAUGGUGUGGGCGCUGUGAGCCCGCUGAUCCUGGACGCGCUUUACGGUGCGGGGAACACCCUCGCCUGGCUCUUCAGGGAGGAAGGGUCGUUGCAGUGCGAGAACGAGGUGAAGUCCAUCAAGCGCUGCCUCGAGAGGCUGGGCGUGCGGUGGAGGUUGGCAGGGGAGUACGGGCGGAUGCUUGAGCAGCAGGAUCUUGCGUUCAUGAUGCAGGAGAAGGGGCACUCGACGAUGGGCGAUAUGUGAUAUGUGGAAUGGCAUGGGGCUCGGUGUGUCUACCCGGGUGCCGCCCAGUGUUGCGCCCGCUAGCCAUGUCAAAUCAGGUGACAGGCGGUGUAGUCGUCAGUAGAUGGCCAUGCGCGGCAAGCAGGUGGCCAAGAGGGAUCUUGAACAAAACUGCGUCAUUGACUUGUCUGUGAGCGUGGUAUAAGUACUAUUAUAUACAUAUAUGUCCUCC